AUGUCCUCCAUGUCGAUCGUCGAAGAGAUGUUCUCUGAUGAAUCCAGUUUCUACGGCGACGAGGAUGAGAAAGCGCGACUAGAAGAGCAAGUAGCCACUUAUGACCCCGAAUCAUACUGGGCAAAUGUUCAUCCACGUCUCCUAUCCACCAUCCAAUAUACUUCCAGUGCACCGAGCACCAAGCCGGAGCCGACAAAUUCCGCACUGGAUGACCAUGACGUCGAGGCAUUGACUUCCUGCCCAAGGGAUAGUCGGGGGCGCGGAGAGUCCUCAGCCGCUUUCUUGUCUCGACUUUCACCCUCGAGAACAAGGGCCUCGGAUAUCGGCCCUUGGAUCUGGAUGCGCGAGUCCUGCUCGCAUGGCGGAGAAGGUGACGUCGCCACCUUUGUCAGAGAAGGCACUGCGCUUCUCCGCGCCUACGAGGAGGAAGCGUCGGAGCUUCGUGAGGCCCAUGAGAAAUCUGGCGCGAAGACCAAGGCGGCCUUGACGAGGAAAUUAAAUCCCUUGCGUCGCACUUUGGAACAAGACAUCUUUAAACUGGCUCGGGAGACGGGCGUGACGGCCGGCAAGUGGAUGCUUUUCCCAUCUGUGGAUUCGGUGGAUUCGGUGUGGAAGACGGUCGUCUCGGCUUGGGAUGAAGGGGAGUUGGGCGAUGCCGCUAAAGUAGCUACUGAUGAUGGGUCCGGCCAAGCGCGCUUGAUCUGUGUUUACACGGAUGAUUUUAGUGAUCGGAAGGACGUGAAGCGUGUGUUGAACGCCCUUGUUGCACGUGGGCUUGUCGACAAAAAGUCGCGCCCGAUCUAUUACAAGUGUGAUGCGUAUACGUAUCUGGACAUCAAGUCGAAUAAUGACUAUGGCUUGAAGGCGAGUCUCUUCUCCAGUCAUGAUGUCCUGGCUGGGAAGGUCUGA